AUGUUGGCAUCACCUUUUACAGUGGACUUCUGCUGUUACAGAGAAGAGUCUCUCAGAUCAGAACACCUCAAUAAACACCCGCAGAGACCCACAGGGAAGAGAACUCACUGCUGCUCUGACUGUGGGAAGAGAUUCACCUCAUCAGGCAUUAAAAUUCAUCAGAGAACACACACAGGAGAGAAAUCUUGUAGCUGUGGUCAAUGUGGGAAGAGUUUUACUAGAUCUGACCAUCUGACUCUACACCAGAGAACACACACAGGAGAGAAACUUUAUAGCUGUGGUCAAUGUGGGAAGAGUUUUACAAGAUCUGACCAUCUGACUCUACACCAGAGAAUACACACAGGAGAGAAACCCUAUAGCUGUGAUCAAUGUGGGAAGAGAUUUCGGCGAUCUGGAGAACAGACAGUGCACCAGAGAAUACACACAGGAGAGAAAUCUUAUAGCUGUGGUCAAUGUGGGAAGAGUUUUACUAGAUCUGACCAUCUGACUCUACACCAGAGAACACACACAGGAGAGAAAUGUUAUAGCUGUGGUCAAUGUGGGAAGAGUUUUACUAGAUCUGACCAUCUGACUCUACACCAGAGAAUACACACAGGAGAGAAACCCUAUAGCUGUGAUCAAUGUGGGAAGAGAUUUGCUACAUCUGGCCAUCUGGUAUCACACCAGAGAAUACACACAGGAGAGAAAUCUUAUAGCUGUGAUCAAUGUGGGAAGAGUUUUUGUCGAUCUGGAGAGCUGACAGUGCACCAGAGAACACACACAGGAGAGAAACCUUACAGCUGUGGUCAAUGUGGGAAGAGUUUUACAACACCUAGCUCUCUGACUCUACACCUGAGAACACACACAGGAGAGAAACCUUAUAGCUGUGAUCAGUGUGGGAAGAGAUUUACUCAGUCACACAGCCUGAUAUACCACCAGAGAAUACACACAGGAGAGAAACCUUAUAGCUGUGAUCAAUGUGGGAAGAGUUUUGGUCGAUCUGGACAGCUGACAGUUCAUCAGAGAACACACAGGAGAGAACCCCUAUAGCUGUGAUCAAUGUGGGAAGAGUUUUUUUUACAUUACAUUUAAGUCAUUUAGCAGACGCUCUUAUCCAGAGCGACUUACAAAUUGGUGCAUUCACCUUAUGACAUCCAGUAGAACAGUCACUUUACAAUAGUGCAUCUA